AAGGAGGCUGGCGGCUGGGCUGGCAGGCUGGCUCUGGUGCCCUGCAGCCCGCGGGUGCGGAAGGCGAGGGGGCGCCUCCCAGCACUCCUGCCCCGUCUCUCCCCGAGGGAGCACCAGCCAUGGUCCCGCUGCUGCCCGCUGCCCACGACGACGACGACGACGUGACGGUGACGCGGCUGUCGCGCUCCAUCCACCUCUACUGCAAGCAGCCGGGGCCCCCAGGGGCCCCGGGGCCGCCCCGCCCGCUGCUUCUGCUGCUGCCCUGGCUGGGGGCGCCGCAGGGCGCCCAGGCCAAAUACCUGCAGCUCUACCUGGCCAGCGGCUUCGACGUGCUGACCGUGGAGAGCGCACUGCGGCACUUCCUGUGCCCGCGCCUGGGCCUGGGCCGCGCGGCGCGCGUGUUGGAGCUGUUGCAGGGGCCCGGGGUGCUGGCCGGUCGCCCCCUGGUCGUGCACGCCCUCUCCCUGGGGGGCUACACCUUCGCUCAGAUGCUGCUGCUCAUCCACCGCCAGCCCGAGCGCUACAGCGCUGUGGCCGAGCGCCUCUGGGGACAUGUCUUCGACAGCCUGGUGGUAGGCAGCCUGGACCGGAUGGCGCUGGGCGUUUCUCAGCUGAUUCGGCCACAGGCGCUGGGCCCGGUCAUCAAGGCCACAGCCACGUUCUACUUCCACCUGUGCCCGGGCUGCACCGUGCGGCACUACGAGGCGGCAGUGGGCGCCUUCCAGCAGCCCCCAGUGCGGCCCCCGACGCUCGUCUUCUACAGCCACGACGACCCACUCUGUGACGUGGAGCGCUUGGGGCAGCUGCUGGCUGGCUGGCGGCAGGAGGGCAUGGCUGUGUGGACGCAGGCCUGGGAGACGUCCCGCCAUGCGGCCCACCUGCGCCAGCACCCCCUGGAGUACCGCAACGCCCUGGCCACCUUCCUGGCCAGGCUGGGCUUGGUGAUGCCGCCCGCCCGGCUCUGAGGGACGCAAACUCCUGGCCAGCGGCCGGAAGGUGCCGGGGAGUGGGGGCAGGGCUGGGGGAAGGACCAGAGACAAGGGGUGGAGGC